CGCGGCCGCGCGAGAGACGCCCCGCCGCCAGCGCCGCCAUGGAGCACGCCGCCGCCCCCGUGCCCUCCGUCGGGCCCGAGCGCCUGUUCGACUCGCAACGGCUGCCGAGCGACGGGCUGCUGCUGCUGUCGCUGCUGCUGUACGCGCCGGUGGGGCUGUUCCUGCUGCUGCUGCGCCUCUUCCUUGGCCUGCACGUCUUCCUGGUCAGCUGCGCCCUCCCGGACAGCGCCCCCCGCAGGUUCGUCGUGCGCGUGAUGUGCUCCUUGCUGGGCCUGGUCGUGCGGCAGAGCCGCCCUGCGGGGCGGCAGCAGCAGCAGCCGGGGCCGCGCAGCCUCCGCGCCCAAGUCUACAUCGCGAACCACGUCACCCGCUUCGACCACAACGUCCUCAACCUGCUGACCUCCUGCAACGCGCCUCUCCUGAAUGGUGCCUCUGGCUUCAUCUGCUGGUCCCGGGGGUUCCUGGAGGUUGGUGGCACAGAGAGCCGAGCCGAACUCUUGCAGUCGCUAAAGGGCUACUCGUCCCAGGAGGGCAACCCGCCUCUGCUGCUGUUCCCUGAGGAGACCACAACCAACGGCCGGGUUGGCCUCCUGCGCUUCAGCUCUUGGCCUUUCUCCAUCUUGGAUACAGUCCAUCCAGUAGCACUGCAAGUCCAGAGACCUUUUGUUACUGUGAGUGUGGCUGAUGCUUCCUGGGUUACUGAGCUACUCUGGACUUUCUUUGUCCCCUUUACCAUUUAUCAAGUAAGGUGGCUCCCAUCGGUCUGCAGAGCAGCUGACGAGACCCGGGAGGAAUUUGCGCUGCGGGUGCAGGAGCUCCUGGCCUCAGAGCUGGGGGUGGCGCCCACUCGGCUCACAGCUGCAGACAAGGCGGAGCACCUGAAGCGACUGCGCCACAGGCCCGCAGCCUCCCACUCGCCCCCCGCUCACAGUCCACCCCCUGCAGCCCGCUCUCCAGACUCCUCCGGCGUGGCCCCCGCCGAGGACAUGCAUGUAGCAGGCAUGGCCCAGCGUGUCAGAGAGGUCUUGCCCCAUGUGCCCUUGGCAGUCAUCUGCAAGGACCUAGCCCAGACGAAAUGUGUGGACACCACCAUUGCUAAUAUCCUAGAGGGGCGGGUUCCCUUUGUACCCCAUGAGGUGGAGACGGAGCCCUUUGUGCCUGUUCCGUCGGUUUCCAGUGCGCAGCACCCUCCUGCCUCUCCCCCAUCCUUGGUGCCAGCGAAACUGUUCGCCAGAUCGCCCGAGGCAAGACACCUCUCCCUGCAGGAGCGGAAGCGGGCCCUCUAUGACUAUGCUCGGAGGAGAUACACGGAGAAGUACGGAACGGCACACGGCAAGGGAGGCCGCUGACCCGCUGGCGUCUCUGCGCGGACUCGGGGCCAACUGCCAGUGGACCGUCUGCAGAGCUUGCUGCGCCACAGCUGUGCCGUCGAGUGCUGAGUGCCUGCGGCCCGAGAAGCGCCUCUGCGGGGCCCGGUGGCGGCGCCCGCGUCUUCCCGCAGCUGGCCUCGGCCCCAUGCGGCCGUGUGGGGCGCAGGGCCUGGGGCUGCAUCCGAGUGGAGGCUGGGUGGAAGAGCCACGCUCCAAAUAAACAUUGCUCUACUUCCCAUC